AUGAGGAGCGUUCUUCUUCUUCUUUUCGCGAUCGCGGCAUCCGUGAUUAUUCCAAAGGACGAAGCUCUUGCGUUUCUUUGGAAAAGAAAUCGGAGAGCUUCAGGGGCUUGGUCGCUGGAAGAGCUCUGGGGAGGCAAUUUGGAGCGAGAAUGCAUCGAAGAAACUUGCAAUUUUGACGAGUUCGUGGAGAUCUUCAGUGAUGAAGGACACACAGUUCUUUCCAGAGAAUGUCAGGAUAUAUUGAACGGAAAUCGUUACGAUACAGUUCCGUCUGACUGUCUUAGUGGACUCAUUGGCCGCUCAAUGAAAUCUGGUGGCUCUGACUCUGGCCCAGAUCUUGAAGAAUUCUAUCAGCGAUUUCAGACGGGCGUAGUAAACAUGUACCAAGAAGCAAAAGAAGGCGUUCAAUCCGUCGACUGGAAAGGCAUCUACGAAUCUGUCGCUAAAAUUUUUGAUCCUGAUCAAUAA